CCUCCCUGUUGUCCAGCCGCCCGCGGACGGAGCCGUGUCUGCGGCCAGGGUGUGUGUCGAAACAGAGUCCCGUGCCCAGUGAGUGCCCUCUCACCCUGCGAGAGACGGGGGCCCAGCUAGUGUGUCUCCAGGGGCGCGUGUCCGCGAUAGCAGAACUUGGCGUGGCGAAGGGGAAGGGGGCUGGGAAAGUUCUAGAACGGCUGCACCUCGAUGAAUGGCUCUGUUACAAACCUUUGCAUUCCCGCAGUCCUGCUUUGUCCUCAGGACAUAAAGCCCUGGGGUUGCUCAGCAUGGGACCGCCCCAUUCCUCUGAGGAGGACGCCCUGGGAGGGGCCCAGUGGCCAGGAAGGACCGGGCAAGGACCAGGCCGGGCCUCUUUCGGUGGGGAGGGUGGGGGGAGAGAGGAACCCAGAGACGUGGGCUCAGGAGGCUGUUCUGAGAAGCAUGGCCGCGCUCCUGCCCGGGCCCUGGUGUAAUCCUGAUUGUCACUGGCUUGACUUGGGCCUCGGUUUCCCCACUUGGGAACCUGUCCCCGAGGCAGGGACGGCCUGUGCCUCCUGCCCUUCCCCAGGCUCCCCUGUCCUCACAUCUCCUCCCUCCUCCCGGUCCCCUGCCUGGCUGCCCGUUGGGGGUCUCCCAAAGGGGGCCUGGCCAAGGAGAUGCCCAGCUGAGUGGCCAGUGGAUGAUGGAUGUGCUGGGAGGAAGGGAACAGAGCUUCACAAGGCACAUCACGUCUGUCAUCUCGGUCCUUCCGGGUGUGAGGGACACGGAAGGGGCCAGGGUGGCCCUCCUGGGUGCCGAUACCCAAGGGGGAGGGGUCCUGCAGUCAGACACCUGCCCGGUCAGCAGACUCCUGGCUGUCGCUCAGUUGCAGAGCCCGUCCUCCCCUCUGGCCCCCGCGUGAGCCCCCUCCACCAACCCUGCACUUCGGGGUGUCUCCACAACCCUAGCCGGGUUGUCGGCCGUGCCCUGCUCACUUCACGAGGCCGAGGGGGCGCGGUUCACCCUCGGUCAGCGACUGGUGCAGACUGAACAGGACACAGCCUUGUCUGCCCCGGACUCUGGGUUCCUUCCGGGCUGUCACCUCUCCUCUGGGGUCAGCAGAACGGUGGCCCCAAAGAAGUCCACGUCCUAAUCCCCAGAACGUAUGGCAGAAGUGAUUUUAGGGGUCGGGGUAAGUCGAGGAUCCCGAGAUGGGAAAAAAACCUCAGGGUCAGAAUCAGAGACACUGAGGCUGCCGGGCUUCUGGCUCUGAGACGGGAGGAAGAACCAGAGAUCGAGGGGGGCGGACGAGCUGGAGACAGACCACCCCCCCCACCCCACCCCCCGGAGCCUCCAGCAGGAGCCGGCUCUGCCGAAACCUUGGUUUUAGCCGGUGAGAACUUUCUAGACUCCGGCACAGCAAGACAACACUCGUGCCGUAUGUUGCAGCACAGGGAGACCCUCACACCCGCCCCGUCCUCGUCCCCUCGCAGAUGCCUCCCCGGCCCCUGGCGGCUCUGGGCCGGCUGCUGGGACCCCUCCCGGCCAGAUGGGAACCUGCCCCACAGACCUGACCCUGCAGCUGCUGGCCGUGCGGAGGAAGACGGGGCUUCCAGACCCCAGCCUGCAGCGGGCCAUGCGGGCCCGGCUCCGCCUGCUGGAAAAUGACAGCCGGGAAGUGGCCAGCGUGCUGGGGGAGUUAUCGGCCAGGCUGCUGUCUAUCCACAGUGACCAGGACCGGAUUGUGGUGUCGUUUAAGACUUUCGAAGAGAUCUGGAAGUUCUCCACUUACCACGCUCUUGGCUUCACUCACCACUGCCUGGAAAACCUGCUCGUGGACCAGGCCUUCUGGCUGCUUGCGCCCAGCGAAGACGAGGAGACGACCAUCCAAGUCCACGUGGACCAGGAGGCCUUGACACGGACACAGGAGAUUCUCCUCGCCCAGGAGGGCCCUUUCUUUGUCCUGUGUCCCGACCACCACGUGAGAGUGACCACCAGCCCCCGGGGCGCAGGCCCGCAGCCCCCGAGGCGAGCCGCGGCGGUCCCCCAGGGAGACGCAGCCCCGGCAGCGGACUCUAAGGCGCCCAGCCCCGGCACGUGCUCCCAGGACACGGCAGCGGUGGCCGCUCCGGAACCUCUGAUUCCAUUUCAUCAGUGGGCCCUCAGGGCCGCCUGGGACCCCAUCGACGACUCCGUGAGCGGCCCUGUGACGUCAGACGUUCCGCUGAUGGCCGUGGGCCUGGCCUCAGCAGUGGCAGACUACCAGGGCUCCGGGCCUGAAGAGCUGAGCUUCCGAGGCGGUGACGUCAUCGAGGUCCUGGGCGCCCGGGUGCCCGGCCUGCCCUGGUGCCUGGGCCGGCACACGGCCUCGGGCCAGGUCGGGUUUGUGCGCACGAGUGUCAUCAGUGUGCAGGGCCAAGUGUCUGAGCUGGAAAACGUGAUUUUUCUCGAUGAGGAAGAAAGGUCGUUCUUCAGCAACGAAGGGCGCUUCUCGGACGAGGACGCCAGGCAGUUGCUGAGGAGGAUGUCCGGCGCGGACACGUGCACCGUGUACAGCUUGGACAGAUUAGAAGAGACCGACUUUGAGCCGCCAGAAGAACAAGAAUCACCUCACCUGGACCCAGAGCCACACGAGACCCUACAGAAGGUGAAGAACGUUCUGGAAGAAUUCAAAUCCCGCCAGGACUGCCCCGAGGAGCCAGAGUCCUGGGGUCUCUGCGUGGCCUCCGGCGGCGCGAGCCCACCGGACCCCGAGGAGCCCCCCUUCUGCUUGGACGCGGCGGCCGACCGGACCGACCCGGAGGCCCUGGGCUCGCUGCUGCUGUUCCUGGACGCGCCCGGCUACAAGGCCUGCUUCCGCGGCCUGUACGACCUCUCCCUGCCUGGGCUGAGCGCCGUGUGCGGCGGCCUCACCGACGAGGAGGAGCUGGCCGGGCUCCUGGCGCGGGCGCGGGGGGCGGCCAAGAAGGCCGGCCUCCCCAUGGCCCUCGCCAGAGUCUGCUUCCUCCUGGGGCGGCUGUGCGUGCGCCGGCUCAAGCUGUCCCAGGCCCGGGUGUACUUCGAGGAGGCGCUGGGCGCCCUGGGGGGCCGCUUCGGCGACCUCUUCCUGGUGGCGGCCGUGUACUGCAGCCUGGCCACCAUCCACCUGAAGCAGAGGAACAGAGACAGGUGCGCGCAGGUGACGCCCAAGGCCGCGGCCCUGCUGCUGGGGACGCCCGGCCACGGCUGCGGCACCGAGGCCGGGUCGGAGCUGCUGGCGCACGCCCUGCGGCGGGCCGUGGCCGGCCGGAGCCCGCAGGCCGAGGCCCGGGCCUGCUUCCUGCUGGCCAGGCACCACGCCCGCCUGCGGCAGCCCGAGGAGGCCCUGCCCUUCCUGGAGCGGCUGCUGCUCCUGCACGAGGCCUGGGGCUCCCCGGAGGCCGCCUGGCCCGCCGACUGCUACCUGCUCCUGGCCGACACCUACAGCCGGCGGUGCCUGCCGCGCCUGGCGCUGGGCUGCGUCAGGGCGGCCUCGCUGCGGGCCCGGGCCUCGCUGCGCGGCUCGCUCCGGAGCGUGGACCUGGUCCUGCGCAACGCCCCCCGCCUGCCCCGCCCGCCCUCCCAGGCCGCGCCCCACCUCCGGCGGGCGCUGGCCUCCCUGGGCCCGGGCGCGGGCCGGGCGCUGCGCGGGCCCCUGUGCGCCAGCCUGGCCCGGCUGCACAGCGGCCACGGCCAGCACGGCAGGGCCGUCGCCCUGAUGGCGCAGGCCGCGGAGGCGGCCGCCGGGGCCGGGAGCCGCCUGGCGCUGGACUACCUGCUGGCGCUCGCCUGGCUGCACGUGCUCGGCGGCCGGAGCCCGGCGGCCCUGGGCGUCCUCGAGUGCGUGCGGGACGGGGCGGUGGCCGGCGCGGAGCGGGAGGGCGUGAUGGCCAACAUGGCGGCCGUGGCGCUGACGAGGACGGGCAGGACCCGGCAGGCGGCCGAGGGCUACUACCGUGCCCUGCGGGUGGCGCGGGGCCGGGGCCGGCGCAGGAACCAGGCGGUGGCGCUGGCCAACCUGGGGGCCCUGUGCCUACGGGCCGGCGCCGGCGGCCUGGCCCAGCACUACUGCCGGGAGGCCGUGAAGCUCUUCUCGCGGCUGCCCGGCGGGGAGGGCGGCCAGGACUUCACCUGCGUGCUCCUGCGGCUGGGCCGCCUGUGCGCCCGCAGGGCCCGCGCCCGGCAGGCCAAGUGCUACUAUGAGUGGGCCUUUCUGGUCGCCGCGGAGAUGGACCACCUGGAAGGCCAGCUGCGUGCCGUUCAGAGGCUCUGUCACUUCUACAGCACGGUCAUGCCCAGCGAGGCCCAGUGCGUCGUCUACCACGAGUUCCAGCUGUCGCUGGCCCGCAGGGUGGCGGACAAGGUGCUGGAGGGGCAGCUCCUGGAGACCAUCAGCCGGCUCUACCUGUCCCUGGGCACCGAGCGGGCCUACAGGUCCGCGCUGGACUACACCAAGCGCAGUCUGGGCAUUUUCAUCGACCUGCAGAAGAAGGAGAAGGAGGCGCACGCGUGGCUGCAGGCGGGGAAGAUCUAUUACAUCCUCCGGCAGAACGAGCUGGUAGACGUGUACCUCCAGGUGGCCCAGAACGCAGCCCUGUACACGGGGGACCCCAACCUGGGGCUGGAGCUGUUUGAGGCGGCUGGGGACAUCUUCUUCAACGGGACCUGGGAGCGGGAGAAAGCCGUGUCCUUCUAUCGGGAUCGGGCGCUGCCCUUGGCCUCCACCACAGGGAACCAGGAGGCCGAGCUGCGUCUGUGCAACAAGCUGGUGGCACUGCUGGCCGAGCUGGACGCGCCCCGGGAGGGCCUGGAGUUCGCCCACAUGGCCCUGGCGCUCAGCAUCACCCUGGGGGACCGGCUGAACGAGAGAGUGGCCUACCACCGGCUGGCCGCCCUGCACCACCGGCUGGGCCACGGCGAGCUGGCGGAGCAUUUCUACCUCAAGGCCCUGUCGCUCUGCAGCUCGCCCCUGCAGUUCGCCGAGGAGACGCUGUACUACGUGAAAGUGUACCUGGUGCUCGGGGACAUCAUCUUCUACGACCUGAAGGACCCCUUCGACGCGGCGGGGUACUACCAGCUGGCCUUGGCAGCGGCCGUGGACCUCGGCAACAAGAAGGCCCAGAUGAAGAUCUACACGCGCCUGGCCACCAUCUACCACAACUUCCUCCUGGACCGCGAGAAGUCCCUCUUCUUCUACCAGAAGGCCAGGACCUUCGCCACCGAGCUCAACAUCCGCAGAGUCAACCUGGCCCCGGGACGGUGCUGGGGCCGGGCGCCCUGGCUGGCCCCCGGCCCCUCGCCCUGAGGACGCCUGUCCGCCCGGCUGGCCCCCGGCCCCUCGCCCUGAGGUCCCCUGUCUGCCCGGCUGACCCCCGGCCCCUCGCCCUGAGGUCCCCUGUCUGCCCGGCUGGCCCCCGGCCCCUCGCCCUGAGGACGCCUGUCU